AAGUACGCAUGCCCAGAGGAGAACGUAAACAUCAGGAAGUUUGAGAACAUAUUUUUCUCUUCAUUUACGAUCAAAAUUAACCAACACAUCAGCUAAUGAUUUUUGAAACUAAGGUGUAGUACGUUGCUGUAAUAACUUAUGCACCGAAAAUGCAAGACGGUAAUUAUGAAGAGUGGUUAUCCAGCUCGUAUGCAAACGAAAUGUCUGGCAGUCGUCACACUGUUCAAGCCCUGUCCUGGAGAAGGUUGUAUCUUGCCAGAGCAAAAUUGAAGGCUUCAAGUAGAACUUCUGCAUUGCUGUCUGGGUUUGCUAUGAUUUCCAUGAUAGAGCUUCAGAUAGAGAAAGACGUCCCAGAACCAUUACUCAUAGCAUUCAGUGUCUGUGCUAGCCUCCUCGUUGCUGUCCAUAUGCUCGCUUUGAUGAUCAGUACCUGCAUCUUGCCAAACCUUGAAGCAGUCAGUAACAUACACAAUGUCACAGCAGUCAAAGAAUCACCUCACGAAAAACUUGGAAUGUACAUUGAAGUUGCAUGGAUAUUUUCAACUGGACUCGGGAUCUUGCUCUUCCUAGUUGAAAUAGUCUUACAGUGUUGGGUCAAGUUUUAUGCGUUCAGCAAAUAUGCUGCCGCUGCAACCACUGUGAUAAUAGUCCCUAUCAUUAUAGUCUUCAUUGCUUUUGCUGUCCAUUUUUACCGUGUAUUAAUUGCCCAUAAAUAUGAACGGUCGACUAGAGGACUUGAGGAGCUUGAGACUAUUGCUAAUUCUUUGGAACCUGCCAGACAGGAUCAAUCUAUUCGAGUUGUGUAAACAAGCAUGCCAGUGGAGAAUAAUGUGUUCAGGAUGCUUUUAGUCAAUAUUCUGUUAUACAAUAUCCAACAAGUGAGUUCGUAAAGAAAGAUGUUUUUCCAUUUUGGAGUGAGACAGCAACUUGGGUCAUCAACGAAUGAGGUAUAGGAGGACAUUAAUGACUGUUUCCAAAACUGGAUACAAUGAAACAUGUUGUUAAAAUGAUGAAGUACAAACAUUUAGUUGUUUAAUGCAAUUAAAGAACAAUAUGUGAUAAAUGGACAUACCUCAGUAUGUCCAGAUUGAUAGAUGUAGAUGUAGGUGAAGAUUCUGCUAUAAUGCAUCCGUAGUUUGAACGCAGCUGUUAAUAGUGCUAUUUGUUACAUAGGAAUUAACAUUCCUGUUAUUGUUUUUAGUACAUUGUGCGUGCACAUGUCACAAUGUUAUCUAUAUUGUACUGGCAGUCAGAUUGUACAUUAAAAACAGUGCUAUCCCAAAGGGGAGCUUGAUGCUAUCAUAUUUUGGAAAUGAUUAAAAUAUGUUCA